AUGGCCGACUACCACCGCCCCUACCAGCGCGGCCUCCGUCCCCCGCCGUCCUCGGCCCCGGACCCCACCAUCUUCCACGGCAAUGGUUACUUCUCCUCUGUCGCCCCCCAAGCCAACGCAUACUUCUCCUCCGCGCCGAAAGACGGCGCUUUCCCCGGCGCAGGCGACCGGCGGAUCGAGAUCUACACGAAGGCGCCUCCGCCUCUCCCCCCGCCUCCGCGCCUCGCACUGCCCCCGCCCCCGGGGAGGAGGGAAGGUGGCGUGGGGAGCGGCGGCAGCGGAGGGGGAGGUGGGGGUGGUGGAAGCGCCAACAUAUGGUGCUUCAGCGACCCGGAGAUGAAGCGGCGGCGGCGGGUGGCGAGCUACAAGGCCUACUCAGUGGAAGGGAAAGUGAAGUCCUCGCUGCGGAGGGGCCUCCGCUGGUUCAAAGGCAAGUGCUCCGAUAUCUUCCACAGCUGGUAA